AAAUAAUAAUGUGCAAACGCUUAUUGUGUAAAUGUCUAUUAAUAACUGAUAUUCAGCCAUAUUUUUAUCAUCGAGGGUUUCAUUUACCAUAAUCAAGAAAAUAGUAUGCUGCACCAACCAAAGCUAUUUCUAGGUGUAGAUUGUUGUCUGCGAUGAUCUGUAAAGUUUUCAAUGGACAGGUUUAGAAGAGUUCAAAUAUCAUCACAACUAACGUACAUAGUUCAAGAUUAAAAUAUUGACUAUGUCUUGAAUAAUAUGAAUGAAAGAGAAAAGAAAGCCAUUCAAAAGAACUUGAUAGAUCUGAUACACAAUGUAAAUCCUAAUGAUAUAACUCCAUAUCUCUUCCAAGAUGAUCAAAUCUCCAGAUCACUGUACGAGGAACUUUUAGACCUCAAUGUAUCGAGAAGAAAAUUAUGUCAACUCUUCAUACGACGUAUUACGUCAAACGGAAGUAAAUGCAAGUUUGAAAGCUUCCUUCGGGCGCUCAGUAAAACAUAUCAUUUUCUUUCUGAGAAGAUAAAAGAAACGUUAGCAAACAUUGGUGAAAAUCAAAACUUACAAACAGAAGAACAACUGAUAUAUCGACGUAAAGAGGUAUCUGAACCGAAUAAUGACAACCAUGUAAAAACACAAACAUCAAGAAACCAAGAAACAAUUACAGAGCAUGCUAUUAUUUAUCAGCCAGUAAAGAAAAUCAAUGUUUUUACAGAAAACAGGCGUAGAAUCUCAAUGAUGUCACACAGACUCAAACGUCUUAACCAUGACGGUGACAUUGAUAAAUUCAGAAAAUUUAUGGGGAAAAUCAGCGACAAGUUUUCAAAGCACAAACUUGACAGGUUCAAGAACAUAACAGCACGUAUGAAUCUUGCAGACAUGAAAUUCACCUCGCUCGAGGCUGAAGCUAGUUUUAAACGAGUUAACUAUGACGUAAAUUUGUCUAAAAAUCCCAUCUUUGAAGAGAUGAAGUCAAUGAUUCCAUUUACAACUAACCCACAAGUGAGCAGUAUGACUUAUUUAGCCAGAUAUGGAUCGGCUAUAUCCAUGUUAGAAUCUCUCGAUGUCGGACUAGGUUUCUUGCAGUAUUCAAAACAUCACGCUGAACAUGUGGUACCGUGCAAAGAAACAGGCAUGGUCUUUUAUAUUGAGGUAAACCUACUUUCCCAGAAAUACGAGCAAAAUCCCUCUGAUGAAAUUAAAAAAUCAAUACUUAAAACUGCCGAACUUGCCAUUUCUCAGUUUUCUGGAGAAGAUGAAAAUGUUCAAAAAGAUUACCAAAGAAUGCUUAUGCUAAAAAUGGUGUUUUGCAGAUUAGGAAUAGGACUUUUUGGCAAACGAAUAGACAGUGUUAAAGUAGACGAUAGUGAUAGAGAAGCAGCAAAAAACUAUAUGGACUUUAUUGAAAAACCCGAUAUCUGGGAAGGUAUGGAGAAAAGACGAAAGAUGUUGUUUCAGAUUGCCAAAUCUGAGUUCUAUAGACAACAUAAUCAGAUUGAUCUCGCUCGCAUGCAUGCGAGAGAAGCAGCUGGAAUUGCCGAAGAAAAUAAGUGGAAUGCCGAAUUACCUAACAUAAAGAAACUCAUAAACGAACUGGAAAAUCAUAUCGAACCAAUUACAAAAAAGGAAAACGAAGAUAUAGAUGAUUGGAUAAACGAACUAGAGAAUCAUUCAGAGGAAAUAGGAGAAAACAACAAAUUUGUAUAACGAGUUAACAGUUAAAUAUUGUAACAUAUCCUUAAUUUUGAUCGGAAUCUCGUGGUUAAAUCAGCUGCUGUUUUUGUGUAAUUGAGUUAAUCAUUUCCAAGCAAUUAAAAAUUGAUAAGACAAACAGUUUUGUAUCUACAUAAAUGUAGAAUCUGAAUCUCAGUAAAUAAUAUUUUCAGAAUUAAUAUAACAUUGAGAUUUACUUUUAGAAGAUUUAUUUCGUGAAUCAUAACAAAACAUUUAUAGUUGGAAACUAGUAAAUAUUAUUCAUAUAGUUACCUUACAUUGGAUUUGAUAUAGCAUGAAUCUCAUUAAAAUUUUAUUAAAAAAUAUUUUUUCUUUUGCAAAAUGUCUGUACCAAAGAAGGAAUAUGACGGGGAAUGGUAAUGUUUUGAAAUGAUAAUCCUUUUAAGUCAUUUUUAUUGAUAUUAGCUAAUACUUAUGAAAUAACUUUUUUUAUAUACCUUAAAAAAAUAACAUUUUUCUUUGUACACAUUUUUUCUUCAUAUAAGAAUAAGAAGAUGGAUUUAGACACUAUCUGUGUGCAGUAUAAAACUACAAUAAGAUUAAGUACAGUAAUUUUAGGGUUGAUGCGUUAUUAAGGUUAAUCAUGAUGGAUGUAAAAUCAAACAAAUACCUAUUGAUAGGCUUGAAGUUGUAACCCAGUUGUCAUAUUUAUGAAUAUUUUACAUUACAUAUAACUUUUUUGUUUCCAUGUGAACAGAGAUAAUAAUUUAUAUAUUGCAAAUCAUUUGAUUUGUGUUGUGCUGACAAGAAGAUUAAAGAGCACAUCAAUUAUGAUGACUUAAUUUCGCUUGUGAUUGAGAAUCGCGAAUAAUACAAAGUAAAAUUUGCGAGUCUUUAGUAAUAUGAAAGCAACUAACGUAGUAAAUUAUGCAUAAAAAGCUUUUUGUGUUAUCAAAAGCAUGUCAUUUCCCUUGCUUAGUUAUCUGUUAUGCAUUACCAAAUUUUCAAAUAUUCGGCUUUCAGCGUUCCCGAUGAUACAGUGUUUUUUAAAUUUUUUUUUAUUAAUUUCUAGAAAUACUUAAGCUGUCUGUUUAUUUUAACUGAAAUAUAGAAGAAAAUAAUUAUGAUAAAUUACCAGAAUGGUAGUAGGUUUUCAUAUGAUAUGUAGAUUUGCGCAAAACAAUACUUUCUUGCAUAUGUCAAUGUGACGCAAAACAUAGUAUAUCUAAACGUCAAACGUAUGAUACAGCACACAACACGUUUGACGAUCAACCUUCAUCAGGUACGUUCGAAAUUAAAAGUUUGGGAAGUCAAACAUAUAAAAUUUACGUGAACCUUCAAAACAAAAAGGAGCAAUUCCAUACACAACUUCAUUGAAAAUAUAAAGUAAAAUUAUUUCAUAUAUAUAUAUAUAUCAUGCCUUUACCGAUGCGUAAUUUCGAAUUUUCAUUCUAUAAAUAUUGUUAUAAAAUAACUUGUUGUAAAAAUAAACUGCUAUAUUUGUCGAAAGUGGCACGUAUUAAUAAGCAAUUUAAAGGUUGUUACCGAAUUGGCAUUGAGGUGUAAAUCAAAAAAGCGUAAGUGCCGUAACACCAUAACCCCACAAAACAAGAUUUGCAUGCUUAUAUAUCUAUGCCAGUAUGACGCCUUUUUUACACUGCUUUUUAUUGGAAUUUAAACUUAACUCUGUGACCUCUAUGCUCUAUGCUUUUUAUAUUAAUGAAAUGGAAAUUUCUGUUUAAAUGAUUGUAUAUUUUCAAAACUUGCACGACAUUAUUGACAUUUGAUAUACCAUGUAUAUCUUAUAUUCAUAUAUAUUUUGGUAGAAUUGUCAAUCUUCUGCGAACAACGACUCUAAAAGUAUAAAACGGUAUGACAAUUUUUCCAGUAAGCAAUGAAACUUUCUUACAAGCUUGUUGAAUACAAAAUUUCUUAAAGUUCAUAGAAUAACUAUUUACGCACAUUGUACUGUAACCAUAAUAUGGGACCCGGACGGGUGUCACAUGUGGAGCAGGAUAUGCUUACCUUUCCGACGCACUUGAUAAUACCCCCGGUUUUUUGCAGGGUUUGUUUUGCUCUGUCUGUUUUGUGUUCUGUGUACUGUUGUUUGUCGUUUUUCGUUUUUUGCCAUGGCGUUGUCAGUGUUUCUUGUCGACUUAUGAUAUAAAAAUAAGAAAUAUGAGUUUGAAUAUCCCUUUGGUAUAUUUCGCCUCUCUCUUAUUUCAAUAUCCUUAACAACUUUAAGCAACCCUAAGUAUAGAGUUUCACGCAUAAAACAACCAAAUAGUUCAACACAUGUUUCUGGAUUACAAUUAAUUAAAUGCGCUUGAGACCAAAAGUGCGGAAGGCAAAUAAAAAACAUUUAAAAGCAAAAAAAAAGUCCAACAGAACAACCAAUGUCGUCUUAUGUCAAUGUUUCAAGUAAUUGUUGCGACUUCAAUUUAUUUUAAUACAUCAUUAUUAUGUAUUUAUACGAUAAAAAGUGUAAUACAUGAGCGUUAAAAGACAUUACAUUGAUAUGGUUGGGGAGUUGGUCUUAUUCAGAUGAAAAGAUGCAUCCCGUUUAGUAUGUUUAGUUAGGAACAAUUGAACAAAUUAAACUAAAUACAAUUUAUCUUCUAUACUACUAUAUUCAUUUUAUAUUUUCCGAUGAUGUUGGUAUUUUCUAUAGCUUGUAUUGCGAUUAAUAAAGGCGAUAUUAUUUUA